GCCAUGCCAUCCCUUUUGUCACUGUCAAAAGUGACCAAAACUUGAAAGCUAUAAACUUUCAAUCUUCUAAGCUCCCCAAGUUAUUUUUUUGUUUUACAUCCAUUUAAAUUGUAGCAGUUGCUUUUGAAGUGUUUAAAAAAGUACAAAUCGUAGAAAUGUUAUUAGUACUUUAUUUGUGUUCCUUUUUAAUAUCAAUUAAUAUUACUUCUUCGAUAGAUAUUGAUGAUCUAAAUGUGCCACCAGAACACGUUCAAUAUGUUAUUAAUGCAUUUCCUAGUGUCGCUGAAUCGUGUUCAUUCAAUCCACAAUGUAAAUACAGACACUUAAUAGACGUUAAAGCCUGUUGGGGCUAUGAAUACGACUGCCACAAAAACAACUCGUAUAAAGUGCGGCCUUUUUGCCCCGGCGAUCACCGAGGCUGGGUAAAGACGAAGGAGGCGCAAUAUGAUACGUUUUACACCCAAGCAGACUUUGGUUAUGUUAAGGAGCAAAUAGAUGACUUGAUGGUCAUGUGUGAAGCUUCAUAUCCUGAUGAUACAUCACUAGAAUGUUCUAAAUAUUUAAGGUUUUGUCGUGGUCGAAACAUGAUGCUAAAUUUCACUGGCUUGGUGGGACGAGGUGACAAUUUGCGAUAUAAAAUGGAUAUUCUAGGCCCAGGGCAAAUAGGUGGAUACUGCAACUAUUAUUCAGAGCGGCUUAAAAAGGAAUCCGAACACAUGAGUGCUCUGCAGUCAUGGGCCCCAGAACUUAUACAUUUUGUUAAGACUCCACAGAGGCCCAUAGUUAGUGGAAUGUGUGAUGUUAUUAUAAACAAACCUACGUAUAUCAUGAAAUUAGAUGCAACUGUCAACAUGUACCACCAUUUCUGUGAUUUCUUCAAUUUGUAUGCAUCUUUGCAUGUAAACUCAACACACCCUUCCACUUUUUCGAAGGACAAUCACAUACUUGUAUGGGAAACAUUUACAUAUGAAUCAGCCUUCAAAGAUGCUUUCAAGGCUUUUACUGAUAAUCCUAUUUGGGAUUUGAAAACAUUCAGAGGAAAAGUUGUAUGUUUUAAAAAUGUUGUUCUACCACUUGUGCCUAGAAUGAUUUUUGGACUGUAUUAUAACACGCCACUGAUUUACGGCUGCGAAAGAAGUGGCCUGUUCCAUGCUUUUUCAAAGCAUAUCAUCCAUUCAUUGAACAUAAAACUACUGCCACGGACCAGCGACAAAGUACGGGUGACUUUAUUGUCCAGAGGUACAACAUACCGGUCCAUUUUAAAUGAGAAGGCAAUUGUAGAUGCUCUGAAUAAAGUCGAAGGUUAUGAAGUUCAGCGAGUGGUUUACGACAAGACAGUACCAUUUUUAAGACAGCUGGAAAUUACGCAUAAUACGGACGUAUUCAUCGGUAUGCAUGGUGCGGGCCUAACGCAUCUCCUGUUCUUACCCGAUUGGGCGGCAGUGUUUGAAGUGUAUAAUUGCGAAGAUCCUAAUUGUUAUUUAGACCUUACAAGGCUACGUGGACUUAAGUAUGUGACUUGGGAGGAUAAAACAAAACUAGUGCAACAGGAUCAGGGCCAUGGACCAGGUGGCGGUUCGCACGCGAAAUUCACGAACUACUCUUUUGACGUUAAAGAAUUUUUAAGACUAGUCGAAAAGUGCGCUAAACACGUGCGGGAACAAAAAGACUUCAUAGAUUUCCUCGAAGCGUCCGGCGUACGACCACCUCGUGAGGAGUUGUAAGGGAGUAAUAGCUUUACUUAAACCUUGUGAUACUCUUAUUUUUUCAACGGUCUGUUCACACGGCGGAUUUUAUACAAGUCAACUACAUGCAUUUGUUUGAAUUGUCGGGUGGUUAAUGGGCGCCAUUGUAUAUAGCUGAAUAGGGGCGCAGUGCGUAUAAAAUAUGCCUUGUGAGUAGGUCCUAAAGACUAAUCUCGCCUGAAAUAUUUGGAUUUGAGUAAUUGAUCUGAUGAUUUAUUUUGUUGAGUAUAUUAAUUGUGACAUUCCAAUUUUAGUGAAAUUAAGUUUUAAGUAUAAUCUUGUUACGUUUUGACAAUCGCAUAAUAUUAAGUAAGCUUAUCCACGUAAUAAUGUAUACGUAUUUUUAUAUUGUAUGUAGUAUUUUGAGUUUAUUUUUUAGUGUUAUGAGGACUUUUAAUUUGUUGUUGCAAUAGCUGAGGCUGAUAAUUAUUUUUUACCAACAACGAGAUUUACAAACAUUACAAAGCAGUCGUAUGCUGAAUGCCAUAAACAUAAUAUUGACGGUUCUUUCUGCGCAACUGUUAAUAAUUUUUGUGUAACAGGUUUAUUCUCUAUAGAAUCUAUUUAAGUGUUGCAGUUUCGACUAGUAACAGAAUUUGUACGAAUAACUAAUGUAUAAUGACUUUUUACAUCAUAAUUAACCUAUAGAACCUAUAUUUUUAGGUUCUUAAGGAAAGGUAAACAAUCUUGGUGUAUUUUAAACCCCGACGCAAAAGUUUUGAUAUUUUUGUCUGUCUGUGGCAUGAAUCCCUGAAUGGAUUGAGUGAUUUCCUUUAAGUUUGGUUGUAUGAAAGGUGAAUUAUGUGUGGUCUUUGUUAUAAAUCGUUUGAGCCGGUUAAUUUUUUUAUUAAGAAAGUUGCUGAUGAGCAGAUGAAUAUCAUUUUGUCAAGUCAGAUUAUCAAUUAUUGUAUCUCAGUUUAUACAAUUUGCUAAAAUUUAUUUAUCAUGUGGGGAUUUAAUUUUUUUAAUUUUCGUUAGGUUAAAGAUGUAACGCGGCUAUAGUUCAAUGUAAAAAAAGCCGUCGUUUCAUUUAAAAUGUGUUUGUACAAAACGACACACCAAGACUUAAACAAAUGGAGUAAAUUAGCUACAACAUUCAAUUACUAAUUUCACUGAAGCGAAUACCUUUCUUCAUUUGGAUUAAGUUACAUUUAAAACAUCAUUGCUUACAAGCCCCGCUUGUGUACGCAGAUUCUUCAAGUUCUGUUUUUCUUUCGUACAAUUUUGGUCCCAACGAAUUUGUAUCGCACAAAUCCGGUGCUGUCUGAUUGAUUGUUAUUUAGAUAGCGAUGAUAUAAAAACGCCCCAAACAUAGCUUCUUUGUCGGUGGCUUUUUUAAAACAAAAGCCAGCAGUUCCAGUUUUAUUAGGCGUUAAUUUGACUUGACUAAUGUUCAAUGCUGUUUCUCAGAUUGCAUGAAAGUGCAACAAGUACCUUCUCAGUAGGUGCUUAUGAAUUUCAUACGUAAUAUAAUGUUUAUUUUUCUAUUUAGUUGUAAACUCGCUUCAGGCAGGACUCAUAUUUAAAAAAAUAACCCCUAUUUUGUUCAGUACAAAUUGCCAAACAAGGCACCAAACUUCUUGAAUAACGUUAUAGUUAAACCACCUCUGUGAAUGAAUUAUAAAUAUAUAAUGCGAGUGAAGGUCGACAUAUCAACAGUUACUUUAGUGCUUAUAAAUCGCUGAAGAAUAAAAACGACUGGUAUUGAUGUAAUCUGUUGUUAUUUAUUAUUUGGCGAAGGCACCGCUAGUUUAAUUGUAUCAGGGCGCGUCGAACGUUAAGUUCCAUAAUUACAGUCUGCGAUAUUCAGAUAAAUGUUUACCGGAUCAGAUGAGCGCAGUCCGUCUGCAGUUGAAUUACAACUACACAUACAUACAUACUUUAUUACAUACAUAUCCUUGGUAACAGUUGUUAUUGUGUUGUUAAUGAAAUUUCGUCUUAAGUUUUGUUUGUACACAUGCCAUUAAAUUGCAGUACAAACGUUGGUUUAACUAACAACGAAUUAUUAUCGAACUUUUUAUCCAUUGUUAGUAAAGAAUAAAUUAAAUCACGUUUUAGCACACUUCUUAAGUAAUGAAAAAUAUAUUUUACGUCCUAUUUAUAUUCCCCGCUUUCUCAAAGACGCCUGGUUGAAUUCAGAAAUACUCUUUUUGUUUGAUUAAAGCUAAGGCGAAUUAAAGUUUUGUUUAAUAAUUGUUAUAUCGCAAAAACACGAUAUGUUAUUAUUAAUUCAAAUUUGUCUUACGUUAUAUACGGAUCCCUAAAUUGAAAAGAGGUCGGAGGAGAGAGCAUUAAAUCGUAAAACAAUCGCAUAAUGUGGAGGCAAUAUUUACAAAGGGAAAUUAAUGAGCGAUGCCCGCGCGCGCCCUCGGGCCCUCGCGCUCAUAACUUUUUGGCUUAACCAGAUCGUAUCGCGAAAUAAAAAUCAAGAAUUUAUCAGAACUUAAUUGAAAUAAUUUAAGAUUUCUAAAUUAAUAAAAGAACAACAUCGUUUCAUAUUUUAUAAUAAAAUUAACAUGUCUGUGAUUUGUAGUAUCUAUUUAGAUGAUAAAUGAAUGUACACCUAUUAAUUUUGGCUAUUAUUUUGUGAUGUACUUACUUAUUUUGAUAAAGUAUAAUAUUAAUGUUUUUUAGUGCGAAAGUGAUAUUAAUUCAUUUAACUUUGUUACGUAUAUGUAUACAGUAACAAUACUUAAUCAGUAACAAGUAUUUUUUGUAUUAUUUUUCCUUGAGUCGUUAAGUCGGUAUCAUAGGAACUUUUAUCGGUACGAAUAAGGAUUUUGUUUUAUAAUAAAUGAUUUAUUAACUCAA